CACGGAUUAUAAACAGGGUUAGGAUAUUAGCCGUUGAUUUUGCGCUGCUGCCGUUUCGUCGCUCGUGCGAGCGAGUCGUCGUAGUCGUCGCGCGGAGCAGCACAUUAUAGGCAUCGUGUAUAUACAUAUAUAUAGGUGCUACGUAGAUGUUGCACACCUAUACAUAAACAGAUUAUAAAAAGUGCAUCUCGCGAAAUUUUUCGCCCGAAAAGUUUUUGUUGAAUAAAAAGCAUCGCCGGAAGCGAUCGGCCUCUCGUCGAGUCCUCGCGAGUGAACGAGUGAUUUUCCUGCUAGCACCUAAGGCCAGGGAGUAGCGCGAUCGCGAAGUGAAUAACAAUAUACAGACAUACAUAAUCGCACUGAGUGCAGAGUGCAGAGUGUCGCGCGCGCCUGCAUCAGACAGAGACGUUCUACUAUUACGCGGUCAGCGAUCGACUAUAUAACAAUACAUGAUAUAGAAAACAACGAUUGGUCUUUGUGUACAGUGAUCCAGUGCAGUGACAUCGCCGCUGCUGCUCUCGGCAUAGAUACGCGCGCGAGGCAUGCCGUGCUGCGAGUGCUGCAUUUUGGCGCGAUAUAAUGCGGCUGUCAUGCCUGCGUCCCAGUGAACGAUGUCGCCUACGCGUUGUUGCCUCUUCAACUUCUCGUUGUCGCAGCGAUUCAACUAAUAAACACGAUAUAUAGUUACUGUCUCUUAAGGCAUAGUGUGCGCGAAUUUACACGCACACAUACGCGCGUGACUACAUAUAAAUAUAUAUAUAUAUAUAUACAGUGCGUGCCGUGUAUAUGUGUUCGCGUGUUAUUUGUGCGCGCGGCCCGCUGGCGUGAAGAAACGCAGGACAGCCACAGCGUUAUUAUGGAACGAUCUUGUGCGCCUCGUCUCGUACAUAUACACAGAGAUUUGAGAAGAGUGAAAAAAAAAUAAGUGAAGUGUAUUGAUAUUCCUCGUUGCAAGAGAAAAAAAAAAAGAAGUCGAGUGCCAAUCGUGCGUGCGCGAGUGUUGAAAGUGUGCGUGCGUGGUGCGUUGUUAUUUUCAAGGACCAUUGCUCGUCUCAUUUUGGCUGCUGGACUUGCGGGCUUGUAUCAUGCCCGUGUGAUGUAAAACAAAAAAAAAAAAAAACGACAGAACAGCAGCAGCAGUGGGUUGUUGCAUCGUCGCUCCGAUACGCGCGCACAGUUUUGCGACUCACACACACGCAGCAUAUGAAGUUGGGCUCGCGCUCGGCGCAGCAGCGCAAUCAUUCGCACACACGCACACACACACGCAUCGAGGUGGUAGCACCAAGCAACAGCAGCAGCAGCAGCAGGCAGCAGCGAGCACAGUUCAGUUCAGUUCAGUUCGCCACAGUGUUGUGCGGUAAAGUAGCGGUGGCGGCGGCGGCGGCGGCGUACAGUUAAAAAUGGCGUCGGCGGAAAGCAGCGAAGCCUCCUGCGUGACUGACCCGAAUUUCGCGGUCAUCUGCUCGUUCAUCGAGCAAUUCGGCAAGCACUGCGGACUGGAGACACCGGACAUAGCCAGUCUACAGGACUGGAUUGACAAUACGCAAGAUGUGCCUAAGCCUCUUGUGGAUCUACACGUCAAACUACUUAGGAAAGCAAGAAAGAGUGUUAAUCCAGAAAAAUGGGAAAGAGCAGUAGUCAAAUUCUGUCAUACAUAUUCCAAUCAAGAUGCUUGGGAGUUAGAGCGAAUUGGAUAUAAAAAAGCUCGAGCAGCGAUAAAACUAAGAGUGCUAAAGGCGCUAUUAGAAAUACAAUUUGACAAAAAUCAGAGGUUCAAGAAUGAAGUCAACAAAUUACCAGCAAAUGAACUGAGACUGCAACCCCUGGGACGCGAUAAAGCUGGUUUGACUUAUUGGUGCCAGUUAGACGAAGAAUGUAAUAUUCGAGUAUACAGAGAAGAUUUAGAGGAAGAAAAUUGGGAAUUGAUUGCCAAAAAUCGUGAAGACAUGGUUGCUAUAAUAAAUACUUUAACUGAUGGAGAGGUGGGUGAUAUCCCAAUAAGUGAAGAAGACAGCAAUAGUCUUGAAACCUUAGAAAAACCAACUAUUGAUACUGGUCAAGAAGAAACUAAUCCUAUUAAUGGCGAUGCACUUGAAAAUGAAAAAAAUAAAAAUGAUCUCGAAGAUAAACAAAAGUUAGAAAAAGAAGAUGAUGAUGAGCAAGAUGACGAAGAAGAUGAUGACGAUGAAGAGGAAGAUGGUGAAGAGGGUGAUGAUGACGACGAAGGUGAGGAAGAAUCAGAGGAAGAAGAGUCAGAGUCUGAAUCAGAAGAAGAAGAGGAGGAGGAAGAUAAACAAAAUGAUGAUCAAAAAGAAACAAUUAUCAGCAAAGAAAAUGGUAAAAGUUCAGAUACAUGUGCAUCUGUACCAGAAACUGUCAUAACACCUGUAACAGGAACAGUCCCAGUAUCUGUAUCAGAACCAGAACCAUCAUCAGCAACGAAGUCUGUACCUGCACAAUCUGUUGUUCAAUCUGUUAAUCGUGAAAUAAUCCAAAAAUCAGAGAAAUCUGUUGAGGUUCCUGUAAAUGAAGAAGGUACUGUUAAUAGUACUGAAUCUGUGAAAAAUGGCACGACUACUCAUCAAGAUGGAACCAAUACAACAAUUAAAUCUAUUGAAACUCCUGUGAUAACUACCUCACCACUUAAAAUUGUUAAUAUCAAUGAACUAAAACAAGAUCCAGAGAAAAAAGUCGAAACACACAGCAAGGUUCCAGUGAUUAACAAUACUUUCGGUGUAACGACUGAUUUGAGUUCUGGUCAUAAUAAACCAUCAGUAAAACCCAUUGAUCAACUUGCUGCUAAUCUUGGGCGAAUAAAGGCAGAUAAACCCUUUAGUAAACUCGAUAAAAUCGCUGAAUCUUUAGCCAAAGGACAAGCGAGUGCUUUUGGUAUUCAGUCAAAUGGUGAAGAUGAUGUCAGAUUGCAGCAGCCGCGCAAUCAUCGAGGAAUAGAUCUUUCUACUUCACCCAGAGGAUGGGAAAAUGCGAAUGAUCAACCAGUCGAUUUUUCUGGAAUGGAUCUAUCGAAUCGUAAAUCGACGGCUUCUGUUUUCAAGCCACAAGAUUUAACUGCAUCACAUCAUCAGCAGCAACUAAGCAUGGAUUUGAGCACUCGCAAAUCUGCCGCUAAGCUUCAUCCAAAUCUGUCUCAGUAUGAACCUCAGGCGGCAUUUGAUGUAAGAACUCACGCUAUGCUUCGAAAUCACGCAUUAGUUGCUGACUUGAGCAAACGCCAUGUACCAUAUCAGCCUUAUGAAUUACCUUCAAAUGUAGCUGGAGUGCCUUAUGGGGCUUCUCCUCAGCAACGUUUACCAAGCUACGCCAUGGUCCCUGAUCCUAGUAAAUUAUCCACAUUACGAAUGGCUCAAAGUAGUUCUCCACUCAAACGGCCGUUAGAUACAAUGGAACCUUCUGACGCCGUUCUGAAACGCAUGCGAACCGACAAUAUUCGAGGAGUAGAUCCUGCCAAACUAGCCCCACAUUGGCGAGAUGAAGUCGGUGAGGCCAUUGAAGACCCCGUUAUGAUGGUGCGAGGGGAGGGAUCGGGUGCUGACUGCGACGCUGUUUUUGGCGAAGAAAUUGAAGAGCCAGUAAUGUAUUUUUAUGGUGAAGGUUCUGGUGCAGAUUGCGAAACCGGCAAUAGUCCUACUAAUGAAGAACAAAAAGACGAAGAAAAGCUUAGUCCAAGCAAAACAAAAUAUAAACUUGGUGUACAAAUUUUCAAUCAACCGAGUACCGUUGUAACACCGAAAAGAAGUUCGAGAUGGGACGUCGGUGGUCCAUCUGGACCAAAUGAAAAUUCGGCUGAGCAAAUUUCUCCUCCAAAAUUCUUUUUUGGACCAAAUUGCAUAGCUUAUGGUGCUGCAUCCAAACCACGAGUCAACGAAGAAGAUAAUGGUCUAAAAAAUGAUUCAAAAAUUGUUCCUAAAAAUGAUGAUGAAAGCACGAAAAAAGAUCUAUGUGAUAAGACAGAUGUAAAAUCUGAGGUGGCCAAAAGUGCGGAUACAAUAAGUUCUUGUGCAGUUGAAAAUGUUUCUGAAAUAAAAACAGAAGAUGAAAAAUCUUCAUUGGACGAUCUCAAGACUGUUGAAAAAGAACUUGUAAAAACUGUCAAGACUGAAAAUGAAGUUAAGCAGCAGAAUGAAGAAUCCAAAGCAUCAUGUGAGCCUUCAAAACAUUUAGAAAAUACAAAUACCCAAGAGUCUAUGAACUCAGAAACGAAGUCUGAAACUGAUCUAGAAAAAUCGGAUAAAAGUGAAUGUUCAGUGUCUUUUGGAAAAGAAGACUCCAAGAUGACAGAAACAACCGAAAACAGUGAUUCUUCAGAACCAAUGCAGAUUGCAACACAAGCAGAUUCAGAGCUCUCUUGGUUGCAAACAGCCCAGUCUGAUGAUGCUGUAGAUAAUGCACAAAUACCUCAACUAGAAUCGAGCUUACAGUUACCCCAAAUUACUGAUGAAGCUAAAAGCAAAAAACCUCUUGAUAUAUCCCACAAAGAUGAAUCAAAUUCUAGUAAAAGUGAACGUGUAGAAGAAAAAGAAACUUUGAAAGAACAAUCAAGAGUAUCUGAAAAAGUUUUGGCUGAUGUGGAUAACCCUGUUGAUGAAGUUGCUUCUGAUGACUUGAGUUGUUCACAAAGUGUUGAUCGUGAUGAUGGUAAUAAACUUCUAGAUCAACCAAUAUCAGCUGAAAACAGUAAUACUUCUGAUUCUAAUGUUGAGAGCAAAGAUUCAAUAUCAAAUCUUACUAUAUCAAAAAAUGAUGAAGAAUCCAGUUCAAUUGUACCUCCUAUCAAUUCUUUGUCAAUGUUUGGAACUGAAGCAACACACACUCAAACCAAAGGAAAACCUGAAUUGGUUGAAGAAAAAAUUGAGAAUGUAGCAUCUGAUGUUUUAGAUAUUUCUAAAAGUGAACGGAGCACUGCUGAUAAACUUUCAGAUAAUCAAACAGCCACUAAUUUUUCUCCUGGUGAGAAAAAGAAAUCAGAGGAUGCUUCUACUUUUGCAACUCAAAUAGAUGAACCAACCAAGUGUACUAGUCCUACUUCAAAAGAUAUUGAUGUUGAUCUUGAUGACACAUUGAAAAUGGAAGAAACAUUUUCUGCUGAAAAUACUUCAAGAUUAAGAUUAAAUGAAUCCGAAAUUAAUGAAAAAAUGGACGAAAGUAUAUCAAAUCAGGACAAUUCUGAUUUUCAGGGAAACAUCGAUGAGGAAUCGUCAGUCAGUGAAAAAAGUAAUGUCAAUGAGAAUAAGAAAAAUGAUAAUAAGUGUAAUAUCACCAAUGAUCAUGGUGUUGAAGAAGAAAAAAGUGAUCUUCCACCUCCAUCAAGGUUGACAAUAGAAAACGUGAGACGAAAAGCUGCUGAAGCUGAGCAAAGCAAUACAGAUUCUUUAUACUUCAAAAAAAUAGAUGAAAGAUCAGUGGAAUCAAGUUUGAUAGUUGAGUGUGCUAGUAUUAGAACUGACGAUGAUAUGACUAUGAUAACUGAUGACAAAUCUGAAAAAUCAAGUGAUUCAAAUAAAGAUGAUGCUUUGGAAAGUCCACCAGAUAUUAUAAUGAACGAAAAAGAUUCGCCUGCUGGUAAUGAUAAUGUUUUGGAAGAUCAAGCAAGAGCAGAACAAUCAAAAGACACAACUGAGUCAUCUGAAAAAUCUAGUAAAGAAGGAAUUGAACAACAAAUUCCAAAACAAGAUUCAAGUUUACAAGCUGGAAAUACGUUAUUAGAAAAAACAAAUAUAGAUCAGAAAUUUACAAUUCCUAAAAAUAUCGAUGAUGUUGAAUCAGUUGAAUCAAAAACGUCUGAUAUUUCUGUUGUCAAUGAUCCGUCACAGGCUAAAAGUAUUGAUAACUUGACAAACACUAUUUCGGAUAAAAAUAAAGCAAACAAAGAGUCUGAAAUCAAAAUUUCUCUUGAAUCGCCAGUGACUGAUAAGUCUACUCAAAAUACUAACGUUGAAUUGAAAAAAUGCGACGAUUCCGAUAAAUUAGAAUUAAAAGUUAUUGAUAAAAGUGAUAUUAUGGAUGGUUCUGGAAAAGAAUCUGAUUGCAAGCCUUUAGUGGCUUAUUAUGACAGCGAUUCAAUUGAUGAAAGUAAUGCUGAUUGUUCAACUUCAGGCAAAAAAGCAGAUGUCAAGCCUACUCAAGUAGAAGUUGUUAAAGAACAGGAUAUAGCAACUGAUUCUUCGAAAAAUCAUGAGCAUAACGUAGAGGAUUUACAAACACUGGAAAAAGUUGAAAAAAGUGAAGAGAGUUCAGAAACAAUAGUAAAAGAUGAAAAUAGUGAAAAACUUGAAGAAACAAAAGUUACUGCUUCUACAAAAGAGCCCAAAAGUUUUGAAAAUCUAAGUGAAAGUGUAUCACAGCUAUCUGAAGGUCAUAAAAAUCUUGAUACUACUUGUGAAGCUACUCCAAAACAAGAUUUAGAGAAAGUUAUACCCAAUCAUGAAAGUAAAUUAGAGAAAUCUUCAUUAGUUAAUAAUGCAGAGACGCUUGACGAAGAUUCUGUCACAGGUGAACUUGAGUCUAGAGCUGCUAAUACCAGUAUACCUUCUUCUGAAAAUGAAAUUAUUGCUGAAAAAGAGCCAAUAAUUCAAUCUUGGAAAAAGCAGACUGUUAUUGAUGAUCUAAGUAAGACAAUAAUUGAUAGUAAGAAAAAAACUCAUCCUACCGUUAAAGAAAACAUAAUCUCCGCUUAUCAAACACAAAUGCCUUCAUCUAUUGCUGUGGAAAAAAAUGUAGAGGAUAUGAAUGUAAAACAGAUCAGUUCAACAAAAAUUGAUGAACUAUAUCAUAAAGUUGAUUUAUCACAUACAAAUUAUGUUAAUGAAAAUUUAGAUGCAAAUACAUUUAAAUGUUCUAAAAGAUUACCGGAGGAAGAGCUGUAUGAUGAUCGACCGAUAAAACACCUACACACAGAAGAACAGCAAGAUAGUUCAGCACCAGUAUGUAGCAAGUCUACUUCAGAAACAAUUUCAGAUAUUCCUGCAAAUGAUAAAGUGUCCGAUAAUCAAAAAAUAGUUGAAAAUGAAAUUGUUGAACAAUUUCCAACUGAAAAUAAAAUUAAAUCACAAGAAACUUGCAAAGAAAAACCUGCGGAUCUAGAACAUGUUCCUCAGCCGCAGGAAGUAAGUGAGAUAACUUCUAAAGACCAAGAGUCUGUUCAGUCUGAAACACUUGCUGUAUCCGAAACGAUAACAGCAACUCAAAACGAAAAUAAAGAAAGAUUUAGUGAAAUUUCUAAAGGUAUCACGCAGGUUGAACAGACAGAUUUGUUCUCUGAAAAAGUGGAUGAAUCUAAAUUGACACCUUUGGAAAGUACAGUGGCAUCGAAAAUUGACGAAGCACCUGUUGUAGAAACUGUACCUACACAGCAAACAAUGCAGAUGACCGAGUCUCAUGAAACUCCUUCAAACGUUAUUGACACAGCAUUAGAAAAAGAUCAGUCUUCAGUACAGACAGAAGAUUCAUCCGAAAUACUCACUGAAAAGCAUAAUGUCAAUGCCGAUCAAAUUUCAACACUAGUGGAAGAAACUCCUACGAUAGCGUCUACUCAAUUAACGGAAUUAGCUGAACCAAAAGAGCAUUUACCAAAAGAAAGCGAACCAAAGGAAUCUCAUGUAGCACCACCACUACCUCAAGAAUCGAUCGAAACCGCAGAACAAGCUUCUAGCGAUGAUGACUCUAUUGGGGCUGGAGGUAACGACGAGAGCAUGUUCGAUGCACCACCUGUCGACGACGAACCUCCUGUCGCUGAUUCCGAAUCUGCCGAAGACAUCGUUGCAUCGGUUGGUGGAAUUCGUGUCGCAGAAGUACCUGAUAUAGCGACAGCUGGUGCAUGGAAACUGGAUUCAACCAUGGAACCUCCAGCUGAAAUAGUGCAACGAGUAACGAGACAGUCGCGAAAACGACGAAACAGUUGUCAAGCUCAAGACAAUGACUCCGAAGAUUUGGGCAGUUCAAAAAUGCAAUCAGACGAAGACGAAGGUACGGCUGGUAAAAGAAUGAAGCUCAAAGCCAAAAGAACCGUCGAUCAGCAGUUCCGCGAAAAAGUCGAAAAGAGCAGAAAGAUCAGCGCCAGUUCCGAGGACGAUUUCAAAAAACAAGAAUCCGAGGAAGCUGCGAUCGAUGGAGCUGCAGGUUACGAUUCACAAGAUAAGGAAGGUGAAGCGAGUACUGUCGGAACUGUUGCCGCUGCCACUGCGAAAAAAGGUAAACGACCGAAAGCACGAAAACGUAAAGGUGGCAAAAAAGGUCGCGCAACAGCUCUUAAACCACCUGCUCCAGCAACCAACGAGGCUGCAGGUGAAUCGAACGAGCAGCCGGAAGCAGAUCCAAGUGUCAAAAAAGAAGAUGCGAAUGAAGGUGAAACUGCAGCUAAAGCACCGGAAAAGAAACAACGUAAAAAGCGUAACAUGCUCCUCGGUCUGGAUAUCGCAGAAAGUGAAGCAGCAGGAAUCGGGGAUAGUGAAACUCCUGUGCGAGCUUCGAGGCGAAUUGCUCAAUUGAGGAUCAAAAAGGAAGCUGACAAAAGCUUGAUCGAAGAAAUGGCCAAGGCUCAAGUAGAGAGCGAAAAGAAACCCAAAAAACACGACAAAAGCGGGAAGCACAAAGAGGAGAAAAAAGAUAAGAAGAAGAAGCGUAAGAAAGAAAGCGAAGAGGACGAAAAAAUGAUGAAGGAUCUUGAAAAGGAAGACAAGAAAAAGAAAAAGAAACGCAAGAAGAAGAAACUUGGUGCUAAAUUCAACCACGAUCAUCCAUGGCAGAGUUCUUCCGGAUCGUCUAGUUCCGAUGAAAAUGAAGAGCACGAAGAAGAAGAGGAGGAAAUCGAGACAGACGAAGACCGACUCGUUUUCAAAAGUGAUCACGAAUUUUCUCCGGAAAGCGAUCUUGAAAAAGAAGAAGAAUCCGAACCCAUGCGCCGUGCUAGAACUGCUCAAAAAGAUGACGACGAAGCUGAAGACGAGUAUGCUUGUCAGAAGUGUAGUAAAUCUGAUCAUCCUGAGUGGAUUCUUCUUUGCGAUAGCUGUGAUCAAGGUUGGCACUGUUCUUGUCUAAGGCCUGCCCUUAUGAUUAUUCCCGAGGGCGACUGGUUCUGUCCACCGUGUCAACAUUAUACUUUAGUUACCAAACUUCAAGAAAAACUCAAAAUCUUCGAUAUACAAACGAAGAAGCACGAAAACGAAUUGCUUCGGAAAAAGCGCAUCGCCUAUGUUGGCAUUAGCAUGGACAAUGUACUUCAAAAAGCCGAAGACAGUACCAGAACUCGUAGGCCAUCUCGAGGUUCGAGUUUAGACGACGAUGACGAUUCGAGCGACGGAUCGAGCAGUGACGAAUCCAGCUCCGAGGAAUCGAGUAGCGACGAGAGUGAGCCUGUUUAUCAGCUUAGAGAAAGACGGACUGCUAAUGCUUCCUACAAGUUUACCGAAUACGAUGAAUUGAUCAAAGAUGCUAUCAAAGGGGAUUUCGAAUCUUCAAAGGGCGCUGGUAACCAAGGCCGAGGCAAAGACAUUGCGACCAUCGUAAAUGCCGCUGAAAAACAAGAAAAAGAAUACGAAGCCAUGAAACAAUUGAAAGCUGAAGAAGAGUACGAAGGUGACGCGAAGUCCGAAAAAGAUAGCGAUGAAGAUUUCAAAGUCGAAAAAGAAGACGACAACGACGAUGGUGACGAUGAUAAUGAUUCUCUUACGAGAGUAAAAGUCACAGCUAAAGCUAGAAUGCUUGCUCGUAAAAAACCUCGCAAGCUCAACAGUUUGGACUUCAGUAGUGAAGAAGAUGAUCCUUAUAGCGAUGAAGAUUUCAAGGGUUCGAGCUCCGAAGAAGAGGAAGAAGAUCCCGAUGAACAGCUUAGCUCGUCCGAUGACAGCGAUCUGGCUGGUCGACGACGUGGUAGAGGAAGAGAUAAACGUCCCGUCAGAAGAUCGACUCGAGCUCGUACGACCAGAUACGAUGAAGAUUUUAUCAAUGACGAUAGUGAUGACAGUGAUCGUCCGAAACGGAAGAAAUCCAGAGGCAGCUGGGCUGCUGAAUCCGAGAGCGAAGAAAGCGAUAAUUCGUGGCGACAGAAGAAGAAAAAUCGUAAAAGCUCAUCUUCCAGGCGAUCAGCACCAAAAAUCAAAGCAAGCAAAAAGAAAAAGAAGAGGAAGCGCAUUAUAACGCAGGACAGCGAUGAAGAGGAAGAAACACAAAAAUUCGAAGAAGUUCCUCCAGUAAUUCCACCAGUGGCUCAAGAAGUUCAACCAAUUCAGCAAAGUCAACCAUUACAGCCAGUUGAACAUGUUCAACAAACUAUUCCUGCUGAGGCUGCAACAUCGGAUCCAGUAUCUGGACCAGUCCCAAUUAUAAAUCAAUCUUUAGGAGUCAACCAAGAUAUCGAAAUGCCAUUCGAUCAGUCUCAACCAAUGGAACAAGUACCUGUACCUCAAACAAUAGUACCUCCUGUUGCAGAAGAUUUAGUUCCACCAGUUGCUUAUGAUGCUUUACCUGUUCCACAAGCAACACCCAUGGAACAAGGAGAUCAAUAUAAAAAGAAAAAGAAAGAGCCAAAAGAAAAGAAAAUAAGAAGAAAAAUCGUUUACGGCAGAAUAAGAGAUGAGAAUGAAAUUGCUGAAGAAGAAUUAAACACUGGUAGACGUACUAGAGGAAGAAAAAUUAGUUACCUCGACGCUAUGCCAUCGGACAGUGAUGAGGAAUUGAAAAAAGCGUUGAGAAAAACUGAGGAUGCGGAAGAUGAAUUUGUUGUUCACGAUAACGAAGACAUCAUAGACGACGCUGAAAAAGAUUCAGACGAUGAUGUGUAUUCUCCUAAACACCAAGUAGUUCGUGGUAAAAGUGCUACCCCUCGAGGCGGUGGUCGUGGCCGAGGCAAUAAAAGAAGUCCUGGAGCGAAAAGAAAAUCAGUGUCAGACGAUGGUACUCCAAAGCAGCGUAAAAAGCCUGGUCCCAAACCGGGUACGAAGCAAAAACGUCAAUCGAAGUCUGGCGAUGACUUCGACUCAAGUCUCAUCAAUAACGACAUGCUUGUAGGAAUGCAAGUCGACGAUUCUGUGCAGGGUAUUUUGCCCGGAAAUGUGACUGUCGAAGGAUCUUUGGCCAGUCUCGAUGAGCAAUUAGUGGAUCAGCUAAUGAUGGAUGGUGAUUACGAUCAAAGACCAAUUGAUAUGGAUGCUCUCGAGCUUGCGAAGAAAAAGAAAAAGGAAGAGCGUGAAGCGAAAAAAAUGGAAAAAGCUCGACAGAAAGCUUUAGAAAUAUUGGCAGCAGAGAGCAUGAAUCCUGACGGCACGGAUGGGGAUGUUCCUAAAAAGAAGAAACGUGGCCGACGAAGCAAGGCUGAAAUUCUCGCAGAACAAAUGAGGAGAGAAUCAGCUGGAUUGCCACCCGAAAUGCCACCUCAAGUACAGGAGCCGCCCCCACCACAGCCACAGCAGCAGCCCAUUCAGCAACUCCCCACACAACCGCCAAUGAUACCAGUACCAGUGCAGCAAAUGGCAGCUCAACACAUGCAGGUGCCAGUACCACCUCCUACAGAAAUAAUAAAUGCAACUGGCAUGCCUACAAUGCAGCCGAUACCUGGUAUGGGCCCGGUUGAACAACCACCACCUGCUUGUGAUCCUAGGAUGAUGGAAAAUAAUCCUAUGAUACCUAUGAUUUCACCUCAAUCAAGUGACUACUCUAUGGAUAGCAGUCCAAUGUUCAAUCCUGAUGGUAGUCCUUUGAAACCAAAACGUCGUGGUAGAGGCAAAGGCAAAAAAACUUUAGCAAUGGAAGCAGCUCGUGCAGCUGAAGCUGCUGCCAAAGUUGCUGCAGAGCAAGGUUUGAUGGGAAUACCUCCAACGCCAGUGGAAAGUGGACCAAAUCCCGAACUUUCGAAACUUGAAGAAAUGCAAGCUUCCGUUUUACCCCCUGGAAGCAAUGUUUCGCCUUCGACUCCACCCACGACGUCGAAUCCGGCUAGUGUCUAUUCUAGCAUGCCACCGCAACAGCCUGGAUCACAACAGUCAUCAGUUAUAACUAGAAUGCUGCAGACACAACCACCUGUUCCAAGCAGUGCACAGUCUUUCACUUCUGCAGCUGUGGCCAUGAGCCACAAAUACUUCGGUGGGCCACCAAAUCCUACCGGACCGAUGAUGGGUGGACCAAGACCUGGUUUUGACAUGCAAAACAGAGGACGGAUACCUUCGCCAUAUAGACAACCUGGCUCGCAACAGCCAAUGCCACCGCAUUUCCCACCAGUUAGGGCGGGUACGCCACCGAACAUGAGGUUGCGAGUACCUGGAUCUGCUCCAGGAAUGUACGGAUGCAUGAUGGAUCCGAGCCCGUCAGGUGGUGGGCCGAUCACCAUAAACAGCCGUGGCCCACCUCCUCCGGGCGGUCCACCCGGCGGUGCCGACAGAAGUUCUCCCCUGGGUCCUGGCCCACCUGGUGGACCUCCGCUCAACAUGAUACCACCGUCGGCAGGUAGUCCAUUGGCCAAGGGAGGCCCUACUCCUCCGCCGCCCUACGUGCGCCGUUUCGCCGAGCCACAGAUGGGCAGUCCGCGUCAUCCGCUGCCGGCGUUCACCAAUGCGAACAUGCAACAGCCAUCGCCACCGACGAGUCGCACACCCGGCAACUUUUCGCCCUAUCAUCCGCCUCCUCCGCCGAACUAUCACUACGGGCCGGCUUACACCGGACCGCCUUCCAUGCCCAUGAACGAGGAAACUGGCACCGGAGCUCCGUAUCAGCCGACACCUUAUCCCGGCGCCGCUGAUCAGCAGCAGCAUUAUCCACCGGCCGGCGCUGAACAGACACUGCCACCACCACCUAGGCCAGGACCGCCGCAGACGCAGUCGGGUCCACCGCCUCGAGCUCAGAUGCCACCGGGUCCGCAUCCGCCUCAUCCCGGUCAUGCGGGCCAUCCGGGUCACCCAGGACAUCCGUAUGGUAAACGCGACGAGGAAGGUAGCAGCGGUGAAUUCGGUGGCUUGGUGUCGUACUUCAGUAGCCAGCGAGAAGACGACAUUGAGUCGUAGCACGAGUAAGAAACUCAUCACCGACAGUUUUGUGAUUUUUCGUGAUCGUUGACAUUUUUUUCUCUCUCGAAGUACUCUGAAUGCCUUGUGCAACGACCAUUUGACACACAUUGUUCUUACCUAAUUAGUGAUUUUUACAAAUCUAUACAUGAAAUUUUCUACUCAAAUUAUGAAAUGGUAUUUUUGUACGCAGACGAAUCAAUUACCUUAUAGAUGAUACCAUUUUCGUAAUUUACAAUUCGAAUUACAAAAUUAUUGACUGGACAACUAAGGGUAUGAAUAUCUUUUUACAGUAAAUAAAAUUAUUCAUUUAUUUAUCUUUUAUUUUUUGGAAAAAACUCUGCAUUCAACAGAACGAUAGCAUGCGGUCUUGGCUAGUUAGAUCACUCCAUUAUAUUAGAGUACUUUAGCAGAUGAAGCGUUAACAUCGUUUGUUCUUCACUGCUUUGUUGUUUUCUUUCUUCCAUUUACUUUUUUAACUAUUCGUAGAUAAAGAUACACUGUAUAUUUUUUUAGUUAUAAUAAUGACAAGUAAUCACAAGCAAAUGUGAGAAAGAAAACCGACAAAUGUCAGAUACGAGUCGUUAAGCGAGCCUUUGAUAGAAAAUACUACGAUAAAUGGAAUUGCCUAUUAGAUUUUCAACGAAAUGAUGCGAUUUCUUUAUUAAUAAGUUUAUAAUAUCAACAGUUAAUUCGUUGUAGAAAAUAUAAUUUUCCAGUAAUCCUUCUAAGAGAAGCGCUAUCACUUACUUUUUUUUCUUUUUAAGUAAAUGUACAUAUGUAAAUAAAGUAUUUUAAACUCAUACGAUUUACAUACUAUGUAUAUGAAUUGUAUACAUGCAGUCAAGCUAUAUAAUAUUGUUAAGGAAAGAAAAAUUAUUAAUUUAUAAUCUAUCUUGUAGUGCAACGGGCACAAAUGUAAUAUUAAUGAAACUUGAAUGGUAAAACUUAUAUAGUUUAAAACAUAUAAAGAUUUGUAUCAUGAUGAUGGUGUUAAAUAUCGGUAAAUAUAAUAUAAUUAUAAAGCGUGAAUACAUGAUAGCGCGAAGACUUUUACUUUUAUGCAAUCGAAAUAGAAAUGAGAAUGAAAAUCGUUUCAGAUUGUAUACAUUAUUCUAUACUUGAUGAAUGAUUUCCUAUAUAAAGGAGUCGUUAGUGGCAAAAACGGAAUGGUUACAGAAAAUUAACUAAAAUCAUUGUGGUUUCUGUUCAUUCGAAAUAAAUAGAAUAAAAUUUCACAGGUAAAAACGAAAUAAUCAUGCCAUGUUGUUUAAAGCAAAAUUAAGUCGAAGAGCACGAGGUUGUUUGAUGUGCAAUAUUCCAUUUCUAAAUGAUUUAUAAAUCGCAUCUAAUCAGCGGCUAAUCAAAACAUUAUAUUAUUUAAAAUGAUAUUAUGACAAUUUAUCUUCAUAAAGAAAUUAUUGAAUUGUGAGAAGCACGAGGUUCUGUGAUUGAUGCUUGUAAUUUUUUUAUGCGUGGAUUUUUUAUUAAAUCCUUAAGCGUUGUAUAAUUUAUAUACAAUCAUUUGAUAUUUUCAUUUUUAGAUGAAAAUUAAGUAUGAAUAAUGAAUAUGAAAAUUUAUAGAUAGUGUAUAACUAAUGAUUGAUGGAUCGUCUUUGACGAUGACAUUUUCUUGUGAAGAUAUAAGUAUUCGAUUAUUAACAAUUGAUACAUAGCCAUUUGCACGGCUUUCUCCUGAUCUUCGACUACCUGUGAGCCGUUUACUAUUGUAUAAUUUUUGUUAAAAUUAAAAAUCAUUGUGUGCUAUGACGCGAAAAAAACAUUAUUGAUAUAUAUUAAGAAAAAUAAAAUGAAACAAAUUAUGUGUCAGUUUAAAUUAUUUGAAAAGUGCAUACCUAUUAUAAAUAGAGUUAUAUUAUGAUAAGCGGAAAAGAUAUCACAUCUAUCUAUAAGAUUAGUGUUGCUUCUAGGAGAUAUUUUUCCUUCUUUUUGACAAAUGAAAGUAACAAAAAAAAGGAAGAAUGAUCGUAAGAUUUUUAAUAAAUAAUAUAUUUAAAAAAAAUAUUUACUAUGUAGAAUAAGCACGGAACGAAUGUUGUACAAGAGCGACCAAAAGCACGCGAGAGUAAUAUAAAUAUAUAAAUAUAUAAAUAUAUUAAAAAAUAAAUAUAAAUAAUAAUUAGAACUAAUUUUAUUAUUUUUACACAUCUCUGAGCUGCGUUUCGAUAACUGUAAACAUUUGGAAGUCGAUCAGUCGUUUGUUCUAUAAUUUUCCCGCUGCAAAGGUGACUUACUCCUUACUUGAAUUUCAAUUGUGAACUAAACUAGUAUAAUGCUUUGAAAAAUCCAAGAUCGCAGGAAAUAGAUUAUCGAAGCGCCAAUGGUACUAUAUUUUUUAUAAAUUCCAAUGCAACGUUUAUAAAAAUAAUUCGGCGUAGCAAAUCGGAGAUUGGAAAUGACGAAUUUAUCGAGACCCGAUUGGCAUUUAUAAAAACGAAUUUUCAAAGCUUUAUUCUCGUUGAAAAAUAUCGAUGUGCAAUUUGUUUAUUUUGACUUUUGAAUGUUUACUCUUCUUCAUCGUAUCUCAUCUUUGUUUUGGUACAUGGUCUAGACCAAACAAUUAUUAUAUUACAUGUUGUAGCCUAAACACAGAAAAUUUUGUAAUAAAAGUAAAUAUUAACGAA